AUGACGAAAGCUAUUAAGAAGCCACAGAGUUCGUACUUAAUCUAUUGCAAUGAGAAAAGAAAAGAGGUCAUGAAUUUAAAUCCAGGUGUUCGUAUUGGUGAUAUUCAAAAGAUUAUUAGCAAACAGUGGAAUGCACUCAAGUCUGAAGAGAAGGGCAUUUAUGUAGAGUUGGCCAUUAAGGACAAGGCACGAUACCAGCAGGAAUUGCUAGAUACGUUACAGGUUAAUGAAAAGCCUAUAGCAACUGCUGAUCAUUCGAUCACGUACGAGUCCAAUGCUUGUAUUUAUCCGAUAGGAAGAGUGAGGAAGAUUGUACAAAGUGAUCCAGAUGUUGGCAAGGUUUCAAAAGAUGCGCUGGUUGCAAUUGCAAAGGCAUCGGAAUUGUUUGCUCAGUUUCUAGGCACAAAGAGCUAUGAACAGGCAAUGUACCGCAACAAACGGCAGAUCAAGGCAUCAGAUGUGACGCGCACGAUUCAGACAACGGCGUCGCUGGAUUGGCUACGUGAAGAUUUUCCCAUCCGAGCAGAGGUUGUGGAGGAGAGUAAAGUGAAGAAGGACAAGAAAGUAUUGCCUGAUAGUGCGUCUUUUUUCAAAACAAUGACGAUAGGAAAGACAAAUGGAACACUAUCCAAGGAGUAG